AUGUGGAGGCAGAUCCUGGGAGGCGGGUUCCGAUAUGAUCAGCCCAAUGCCGCUGCCAAGAAACUUAUACUGUCGGUAUUGAACUCUACGGCGACGAAACGGGAGGCGAAGGAUUAUUUGAAGAAAUAUGCCAGCGAUUCGCCGAAAAUCAACCAUUGUUUGGUGCUGAUCCGCCAUUUGAAGAGCGCAGAGCCUAGCGUGCUGUCAAGACUCUCUGGAGCUGUGAAGAAGCUGCGGAUGCUCGGGUUGCGACCCAUCUUUAUCAUUCCACCUUCAAGACACGUGAGCUGGGAUGCCGAGACUUUGGAUACUCUACUGACCAACUCCCGUUUGCGUCCAAUUCAUCUUCAGAGUGCGUUGUUCAAGGCGCCUGAUGGCUCGUACACGUCGCUGUUGUCUUCGCAGACGCGGGUCUUCGAUAGCGACGCUUUGAAUCUGAUUCCGAUCAUACAACCGAAUGUGAUCGAGGAGUCGACUGCGACCGUGAAAUGUACGGAUAAUGUGGUAGAAUUUGUGAAAAAUAUGCUGCCCAAGGGCGGAUCCCCCUACAUCGAUAAGUUCUUUAUUCUGAAUACCGUCGGCGGGAUCCCGUCUGAUGAAAGGCGGAACAACGCUCACGUAUUCAUAAACCUAUCGCAGGAGUAUGAGCAACUGGCUGCCAACCUCGAAGAAAAGGUGGCGGCGGUCUCUAAAAGAGAACCGGAUUCGGAGGGUCUGCUGGAUAGACUUGCGCUGCAUUUGAAGGAAGACGAGUUGAACUCUUUGCAAAACCAAUACGAAGAGCAUCUCGAAGACUUGAAACUUAUGAACGUGGUGCUUUCAAGGCUCUCUAAUAAGUCUACGGGACUGAUUACCACCAUUGGAGCAGCUUCGUUGACUUCGGAUCGGAAGAACCCGCUGCUCUAUAACUUGCUCACCGACAGAUCGCUGAUUUCAUCAUCAUUACCACGGUUCAAAAACAAUCCCAGCUACAGCGACGAUGGCCAUUGCUGGUACGAAAUUUCAAAUGAAUCACAGGAGGGUGACGACGCUACCCCCAGGGAAAAGAAUCAGGAAGAUGCUGUACUUGUCACGACGGUGUUCAAGAAGGGUGUUCAUAUCAAAACGUUCUCUUAUGAUACUCUGACACAGUUCAACAGCGUAGGCCUGCCGAAUAAAUUCUACAAAAAGAGCGAACCUGCCGACCAACACUGCGAUGAGGGAUUGAAAGUGAAUGUUACCAAGCUUAAACAAAUAUUGGACCAGAGCUUUGGUCGCUCACUAGACCUGGAACAUUAUUUGAACCGUAUCAAUGGCCGAAUAGCAUCUAUAAUUGUGAUCGGUGAUUACGAGGGAAUUGCUAUUUUGACAAAUGAGGGACCACCAGACAAUUCUUUUGUGUAUCUAGACAAAUUUGCCGUCUUGCCACAUUUGAAAGGCUCGCUUGGGAUAUCGGAUAUUAUAUUCAAUUUGAUGUUCAAAUACUUCCCUAAGGAACUACUGUGGAGAAGCAGGAGCGAUAAUAUAGUCAACAAGUGGUACUUUCAAAGGAGCGUAGGCGUUCUUGAUCUCUCCAUCGAUCUGUCCAAUGGCAAUAGAAAGAAAAGUCAAUUUAAACUGUUCUAUCACGGAGAUCCUGGCGCAAAUGAGGAUCCUUUCCAAAAUAAAGACAGGCUGAUAGAGUAUGCGACGUACAUUCGUGACAUCAGUCCUAGCUGGGCUAAGUAA